CUCACGCGGAGUUUUUUUCUACCCACGCCGAGCUGUAAGCCCGUGAUCACUGACUGUAAGGCUAGUAUAUUAUAAUUAAUAAGUAAAGGCAGUUAAGGCCCCCCCUAUAUUAGUACCUACGGCUGUCAUCCUAGCGAAGAGACACACAACUAUCUCAAGAAUUUAACCAUCAUGUCUUUACCAUUGAACUACCCCCUGGAUUACCUAAUAUCCGACAUGACUUGAUCACUGAGCCUGAGCCCGUGCUGACAUUUACUUACUGAGCCUGGGCCUGAGUGCCCUCAUAAAAGCAGCGGCAGCCGAGAUAGGAAAGCCCCACCCGCCAGACAUUAUCCGGUCUAUAUAUACGCAUAUUUCGUUCACCUAAACUUCAUACCUCAUUACAAACCCGUCCCUUCCUUUCCUCAAAAGACCGCCAAUUGAUACUCAAAUUUCCCUUUUGGAAAAUUCACAAUGGCUGCCCCCAGACUUAUCCACCGCUUAGUGUGGCAAUCCACAUCCCCAGCUUCCUUCGCGACAAGAUUCGCAACUCGUUCAUUCGGCAGCUCGGCAGUUCGCUCAAAAGACAACAACCAUAAUGGCCGAGCUCCGUCUGCAUCUCCCGAGAUUCUGAACUCGGCUGAUCCGAAUUACAAGCCCGCAUACCCGGGUCGCGUUGAGCAUUUCACGGGAGGCAGACAGGAACCUGGAGCGCAGAAACCGGAGCUGGGAGUCGGAGAAAUGGAGGGAAUUACAUUUAAGGUCGAGCCACUUCGACGAAGGGGCGAGGAUGCGGUGACCAUGCGCGCUCGGUUAUUAUACCAGAGCCGCAAGCGUGGAAUCUUGGAAUCUGACCUCCUGCUUUCUACCUUUGCUGACGUCUAUCUGGCGGAUAUGAGCAAGGAGCAGCUGCAGGAGUACGACCUGUUCCUCGAUGAAAACGACUGGGAUAUCUACUACUGGGCUACCCAGGAUCCCCCGGAGGAAGGGGACUCUGCGUCUGCAGUUGAUAAGGAUACUCCCACGGAGACGUGGCAGCGUACGGGGGCUAAGAGCGGGGAGUGGUCACAGACAAUUGGUGCCUUCAAGGCUGCGUACCGUCCCGUGCCUUCUCGAUGGGCGGACUCAGAUGUUCUGAGUCUCCUGAGACAGCAUGUCCGGGACAACAGUGCCACUGGCUUCCACGCAGCAAAAAACAGGAGGACGGGUGGGCCUGGCUUGAACCGGAUGCCGAAUAUUCAGAUCUUCGAGUCCUGAAUACUUUGAUUCCAGCUCGCUCUUGUAUGAUUGGGCUCUGUACAACAUUGUGGUCUGUAGCGACGGUUGACUAUGGAUGUAUAUAUAGGAAAAUUGUAGACCUUGGCCUGAGUUAGAGUAACCGCUUUUCAUUCUUUUUAUGCAUGUUAUGUUGUUUUGCGCUCUUUAAUUCAGCAAUAGCGGAACCAGGUUGCGACACGUGACUCGCUUAGCUUUAG